AUGGCUCAUUCAGCACUUUGGCUGGUGUUGUUGCACUGGAUGUUCCUGCACUCCCCAAGCAGUUGUAACAAUUUAACCAAAGCCGAACUGCAAGAACUGGAGAAGAUCAGCACCUGGGUCAUCACCCGCAGCUUUCCCUGCAGUGCCACCUGCGGGCUUGGCCUCCACACUCAAGAGCUCUGCCCUACUGGGGGAAACAGAAACAUCUCCAGCACUUCCUGCAAGAUGAGGACCAUCCGCUGCCUAGACACCUGGCAGUGUGGACUGAAGACCCAAACGGCAACUGCUGGUCAGCGUCUGGUGCUAGACUGCUUAGAGGAAGUGAUGGAAGCCAUUGGCCGCUUUGCAUUUGUGGUGUCUUGGCGCUUUGCCCAUGGAAUCAUCACAUCUGAUGAUUCGUUAUUCAGCCGCUAUGAAGCCCUGAGCCUGGACAAGGUGGUGCUAGACCCCCUCGGAGAAGAGGAUUCUGGGACAUACCGCUGUGACGUACUGGACACCGGCAAACGAAGAGUGAAGAGAAUGUAUAAAGGGGUGAAAGUGUUAUCACCCAAAGAAGUGAGUUUAGACUUUGCCAAAGGUCUGAUUCACUGGGAAAACCCAGAGAGCCUGUUUCCUAACAUGACGACCACAGGAAACCCGUAUCCCAGCAGCAUUGUCCGAAACAUGGCACUGAUAAGCGUGUUCAUAUCUGCUGCAAUGGCAGCACUCAUCCUUCUGCUCUUGAGGGGUUUUUACCAGAUAACACUAAGAAGAACAGCUCAACUUUCCCAGAACAAUGUUUGA